GUAACACAACAGCUGAAACCGAAACCAGAUUUUGUGAACCAGCUCCUGACAAAGGCAAUGGACUGACAAGAUGUGAGAAUCUGAAAAAACACAGCUCUAAGGUACCAGUGACCUAAGUCUCAUGGCGGAAUAAAGGCUUGGCUAGCAAGGCCAUGAAUUUAAAGCCUUUGUUGCCGUGUUGAUAGAACCUAUACUCGGAGUAAAGAUAGCAAGAAAAUCCACAAUGUCAGAUAAACAUCAUAGAUUCUGGAUGAACUUCCUUCUGCCAUAUACAUUGAUGGGCAGUAUCAUUGGAGAAGAAUGCUCAUUGCCUUAUAGACUUUCCCUCUUUGGCACAAAGUUAGAUUUAAGUCACUGUAAUGUAACUAGACUCCAACCAAGUAUCUUUCAGACAUACCCGUAUGUGAACGUCCAGAUCUUGGAUCUUUCUUAUAAUGCACUUGAAGAAUUAGAUUUCUCAGUCUUCCAACAUCACACUUUUCUACAACAAUUGGACAUCUCACACAAUAAGCUGCGGACUAUAAAUUGCAGCACCCUAAAGUAUAUCAGAGGUAUCACUCAUCUAAAUAUGUCAUACAAUUUUUUUAAAACCACUUUCCUAUGCAAGGAAUUUGCCAUCUUAACAAAAUUAAGACAUCUUGGAUUGAGUGUGACAAGGAUAGAUCGAAAUAACUUCAUGAAUAUUGCACACCAACAAUUGGAUACUGUAUUUUUGGGGUUUGAACAUCUUGAGCAAUAUGAAUCUGGAAGCCUCCAGUUGUUAAAUACAGAAAAGCUACAUGUGGUUUUACCUCAGACAUUGACAGACUCAACACUUUUAUACAAUGAUUUUAACAUUUCUACAAAACUAGAAAUCUCUAAUAUACUAUGUGAAGCAACUUGUGAUCUUACAGUUAGCGAUAUCAGCAUGAUAAUCCAGAAAUCAAAGGUGUCCAAGCUCAUUCUCAGCAACAUCACAAUGCCAUGGCGUGAAAUGGCCAAAAUUCUACAAAUUUGCUGGCGUUCAACAGUCGAGCAUCUGUUCAUCUAUAGGUUUACUCUGAUAAAAGAGUUUAAUUAUGAGUAUAUUGACUUUUCAAAGGGUUCACUAAAGUCUUUGACAUUUGAAAAUAUUAUUCCACUAGUUUUCCUCUAUAGUUCUUCUAUACAUCCUUUGUUCAUAUUUUCACAAAUGUCUGUAGAGAACCUCACCAUUUCAGAUGCUGAAAUUACACAUUUCUCUUGUCCUCCAUCGCUUAGUAUUUUCCAGUCCCUAAUACUGACCAAUAACAGAAUCGUAGAUGGUAUUUUUACAGGUUGUAAGACUCUAACUAAUAUUCAAUUCCUUAAUUUGCAAAAUAAUAUAUUAGAAAGACUAUCAUUUAUAACAUCCAUGACGUCCACAAUGAACACUCUAAAGCACUUAGAUGUCAGUGGUAACAGACUGUACAGUGAUUUCAAUGCCAUAUGUGAAUGGUCACAAAGUCUUCAUUUUCUAAACCUUUCUAGAAACAAAAUCACAGAUUCCAUCUUUAAUUGUCUGCCCACCAACCUUGAGGUCCUUGAUCUCUCCAGAAACCAAUUAUCAAGCGUCAAAGACAUUAACCAUUUAAAAUCUUUGAAGGAGCUAUACUUGUCAUCCAACCAACUAAGCCACAUACCGGACUGCAGUUACAUAAGUAAGAACUUAAUACACUUGAACAUUGAUGAAAACUUAAUACAUUCCCCAUCCAAGGAACAACUUACCAAAUGCCAAAAUGUUAAGCAGAUAGUGUCUGGAAAAAAUAAAUAUCAAUGUAAUUGUGAAUUAAAAGCCUUCAUUAGUACUGCCGAAAUCUUACAUGAGAACCUCAUAGGAUGGCCUCAAUCUUUCAUGUGUGAGUAUCCAGAAGAAUUCAAAGAUGUUAUCCUUAAGGAUUUCCAUCCUUCUGAAAUAUCUUGCAACGUAUUCAUUUUAGUAGGUCUCAUUGUUGGCACUAUGGUGGUGCUACUGAUCGUCAUGUUUUUUCUAUGCAGAUAUUUUGAUUUGCCAUGGUAUAUUCGAAUGAUUUUUCAAUGGCUUCGAAGAAAGUACAGGAUAAAACGUAUUAAGAAUGAUGAAACUAUGGUGGACAAACGUUUUCAUGCAUUCAUCUCAUACAGCCAUGAAGACUAUGAGUGGGUGAAAAAUGCAUUGAUUCCAAACCUUGAAAAAGGCGAUAACUCCAUAAAACUUUGCCACCAUGAAAGACAUUUUAUGCCAGGUAAAACAAUAGUUGAAAAUAUCAUCAACUGCAUAGAAAGAAGUUUCAAGUCUAUCUUUGUACUCUCUCCAAAUUUUAUUCAAAGUGAAUGGUGCCAUUAUGAGCUGUAUUUUGCACAGCAUUCAUUAUUUGGCAAGAAGUCUGAUAAUUUAAUUCUUAUUUUAUUAGAUCCAAUACCCCAGUAUCUUAUUCCCAACAAGUAUAGUAAAUUAAAAGCGAUCAUGAAACACAGGAGUUACACAGAGUGGCCAAAGGAGAAAGGCAAACAUGGGCUAUUUUGGGCUAAUCUCAGAGAAGCCAUUCAAGCAAAUAUCCCUUUGGAAGAUGAAGAAGUGUUUGUAUUUAAUUGAGUAUUUUAUAAUCAACAAGCAGGAAUAUUCACGAUUGAAGGAACUGUCUACAUCUAAGAGGUGAUGAUAAGUUAUAAAGCAUUGGGAUCUUCAGAGGUAAAAAUGUAAAAACAAUCUUACAAGAAUUCAUCUGAAACUGAUAUCCUUGUAUAGUCUGCAUUAAGGCUUGCAGAGUGUGCGACACAACUGGGAAUUGGUGUUCAGCCACCAAAAUUUUUUGUAUAACCAAUUAAAUUCUGCAUCCAAGUUGCUGAUAAUGCUGUAGUACCUGGGAGACAACUAGAUCUGUCCAUUCAACAGCCAUUUACACUCAACGUCAAGGGCAUAUUCUGAAACCCUGCCAUGGGCACCUGCCCCAUUCCUGGUUUGGGGAUCAGAUUGAAAUAAAAUAAAGAUUAUGAUACUCAUUACUUUUUUUUUUUUUUCUUUUCUUCUUUAAGUCUAUUCAAAUACAACAUACAGGGCCUGGCUUGAAGACUUCAAUGUGAAGCACCGCGCAGCUGGAGAGCGUGCUCCUAGCCCUCUGUACUCCAGCAAUGCACACAAACUUUCCAGAGAUGAGCUUUCCUGGUGCGCUGUGUGACACAUGCAAACUGGAGCCUUGAAGCCAGGUGCUGUACAACAAACACCACUUACAGAGGCAAUGGGAUGACAUUCCCUGUCGUAAGGAACAUCAAUUAAGUUGUACCAGCCUCCUUGACUUAAAAAGGCUAAUUUGCAUACAACAUGAGCCAGGAUUAAAUCUAAUUUUCAGCACAAUUUGGGAAAAUGGAACAUUGGAAGCAACAUUAGUAGGUUGAAAAGGUACCUUAGUCAAUUUAUAUUCCAAAAAUGAGCGGACAGGUUCCCUUUAAGUGAAUUCCUGCUGACCUGCAUAUAGGGGUGCACUGGGAACUAAAAGUGGCCCUGAAAAAAACCCUAAAAGUGGCAAUAUUUUGUAGUGUGGCCAAAAUUGACAGAGGGAAGGGUCAACACAAGUAGGAGGGGCCAGCAAUAUCAUAUUGCAGAAAAUUAUACCACCCCAGCAGAGCCAAAUACCACAGUGCAUCAUAAAAUACUGACCAUCAGCACAAAAUAUGAUCCCAAAAACUCCCCCUCUAUGGUGGCCAGAACCAGCUGCCACGUUUUGGCCUCAUUCUCCAGUUGCCUUAGGAUGGCAAUACAGUUGAAUUCACAAGUCAGGAAGGGGGGCGUCAGAUGAUUACUCACCAUGGCUGGCAGCCAUGAGGAGGGUUUACGUGACCCCUGGGCACCCCCCCCCCCCCCUUGAAGUUUCCCUGUAUGAUCUAUGGCCAGUCCUCCCCUGCCUGCAUAGUAUGUAUGAUUGUGACCUCUGUAAAGAAAAUGCCAUAAGCAUUUUAAAUGUUCUGCUCUAGACCUCAUUUUAAAGAGUCAUUAAUAUCAGGGCGCUGCACAUGAGAAAAGGGUUUAGAACAAGUACAAUAAACAUAAACUGCCAUAAGUAAAAUGAC